AUGAUUGGUAUCGUUUCUUCAGAGGAUGAGAAUGGAACAUUACGAAGUCGUGCCGUCGAGUAUUUGGCACAGCAUGGUUCUUUUGAGAUUUUGAACGCUCUCAAAGAAUGGGAUGCAAAACAUACGGAUUCUCAGAGUGCUCUCGUUCAUUUCACAUACGAUAACGACAAUCCACUUGUUGGUGUGAUUGAACAUUGGAUUCGAUUCGGUGAGCACGCAAACACUCUGAAUUCAGCUAACACUAAGCUUUCUUCGUCACAUAGAUAA